GUUAGUCAUAUGCAGUAUAACAAAAGUAUAAAAGAGACACCGGCGACCGUUUCGGUAUCAGUUCAAUUCAUUUUGUAGCAGUGAUAACAUCCGCAUUAUCGAAAUCGACAGUAUGUCUAGCCGUGGUAAAGGAGGCAACGCUAAGGCAAAGCCGAAAUCUCGUUCGAGCCGCGCAGGUUUACAGUUUCCAGUCGGUCGGACCCACCGUCUGCUCAGAAAAGGCAACUAUGCUGAACGUGUUGGUGCCGGCGCUCCCGUCUAUUUGGCUGCUGUGAUGGAAUAUCUGGCAGCUGAAGUUCUGGAGUUGGCAGGAAAUGCCGCUCGUGAUAACAAGAAGUCCAGAAUCAUCCCGCGUCACUUGCAGUUGGCCAUUCGGAACGAUGAAGAGUUGAACAAAUUGCUGACCGGAGUAACCAUUGCUCAGGGUGGCGUGCUUCCGAACAUCCAGGCCGUGCUGCUACCCAAGAAGACCGAGAAGAAGGCCUAAAUCAACUGUCGUCGUCGAUCAAUCACAAAACCGUCCUUUUCAGGA